CAAGUCUUGUCAGUCGGCGCCUGACUGCGGAGGAAGGCGGUUGGUCGCUCGCUCGCUCGCUCGCAGAGGAGCUCCUCGGUGCCUAGAGCCUUUUACCAUAGACCACAAUGGCUGAGCCCGCCACCCAGUCUCCCUAUAUUUCUUCCUCCGCCGGAGGAGGUGGGGCCUCAGAGCCAGGAGUAGGACGGGAUGUGAAAGCGGGAGGCGCCCACCAACCUUGCGCUGAUUCCUUUGUUUCUUCCUCUCAGCCUGUCUCUCUCUUUUCGACCUUACAAGCUGGAGCACAAGACACUUACUUAACACAUUCAGGAAACCAAAGGGAAACCAAUAGCAAACCUUCACCCCCAAAUAUAGAGAAAGAAUUCAUCAGUGGCCAAAGACUGGACCGUGAUUGUGGGACCAUUGAACAUUUGGGAACGGAGAUAGCCUCUGCAGGAUCCACUGGCCUAGAAGAAGGCGCGUUCUCUGUUGGAUCCAAAGUUCAUCGAUAUAGUCCAUUGAUGCAGGCUGGUUCCCUGGGGCAUAAUUUUAAGGAAGGCCCUUCUGUAGGCAAUGCAAAAGCUCUAAAUGGAUGUGACCAAAUAAAAGAGCUGGCUUCAAGUGCCGAGUCCAAAUUUGCUUUGCUAAGCAGCAUAAAAGAUGAGCCUGAGCAAGCUGCCACCAGAGUUACUUAUUCAUAUUCUUCAUCACCUGCAGCAGCCGGUGAGGCUGUGGUGGAAAAAGAUUCGCCCGAGUCUCCAUUUGAGGUCAUUGCUGACAAACUGGAAUUUGAUAAGGAGUUCAAAGAUGGCCCAACUAGCAACGCCAGUGACAUUGGUAGCAACUGGGUGAUGCACAGUGAAAGGGAGCUGCUUACAGAUAUCCCUGAAGACAGUGUUUGUGAAUUUCAGGUGAAGCCACGGAGUGGAGGAAGACUUCCCUCGGGGCCUGGGCUCUCGCGUCAGUCUUCAGGUACAACUGCGGCACUGGAAGAGGUCUCCAAAUGCGUCCGCGAGAUGCAUAGCUUUACAAGUGAGCUGCUGAACUGGGAUUUGAUCCCCAAGGAUCUUAAUGACAAGCCUGAUGAUUUUGUCAGCUCGGGCCUCUCUGCAUCGCCCGCCAAAGAGGCCAGUAGUGUCAUGGCAGGAUCAGAACGUGGUAAAACACAAGUGGGCAAAGAUUGCACACCUCAUCAGCCGGUCACUAUCAGCCUGCAUCAAAAAGGCCUUCCGUCUCUGGCAGCGGAAGAGAAACAGGCUAUCAGUCAAGAGGCAGCUGUUGCAAAAAGUGCCCCUGCUGCUACAGUAGAGCCGAAAGCUGAUAUCUCUUGGUCAAACUCUGGCCUGCCUGAAACAACUGACGCAGACAGUUCUGGUGAGUCCGACGAUACCGUCAUCGAAGACACUACAGUAGAGCCAGCUUUCCAAAACGAGAAAACUGUGGAAGGCAGCAAGGCACCCCUCAAACCAGUUAGCUCUGCCAAAAUGGAGCCUGUGCCUAGCGAUGACGAAGAGACAUCUGAUAAGCCAUAUGAACCCAGCCAAGAAGGGAGAAUUCCUCCCAAGAACUCAGAAUGGAAUUUGGGAUUCAUUGAUGACUUCAAGUCAACUCAGACCAAGGCAGCUGUUCUUGGCGGAGGCCCAGUUGCUUCUACUCAGCAUUCCAAGCAAUCCAGUCCAUAUCUGCCUACGAAAUCAGGGCUAGAAGUGAAUCCGUAUGGCAAACCAUCCAAGACUGAAGGAAUCGCUGUUUCUACAAGAGGAGCUUCUCCUUCCUUCCCUUUGAGUGACCUAAAAGAGGCCACGUGUCCAGACACUGUCAAAGCCGAGGGUUUCAUGGACUUCAUGAAGGAAUACACACUGUCCAAGGAGACUGAAUCUCCUGAUGACCCUGUUGAAACAUUCUCAGAAGCAGAGCUGAAAGCAGCUAGAUCGGAAGUGAUAGCUCCGUACUUCCAGCAGCCGCCGCAAGCCGCUCAAGACUUUGAGCAGGAACGUCUCACCAUCAAGGCCCUCAAAGAAGUAGGCAGGAAAACUGAAACGGAGAAGCAGCCGCCUGCCCCAAGACAGCCCUCCUCACACAAUGGGAGGUAUUUGGGGCAGUAUUUUGAAAUCCCGCCGGACAACCCAGUGGUUUCUCAGAAGUCUGCUUUGGAGAAGAGGCCCCUUUGCCUUGAGCAGGCUGUGGAUGUGAAGUUGGCUCCUGCCCCUGCCACCCUUGGCACUCAUAGCGUUCCAAAUAAAGCUUCCCAAGCUGCUCAUCCGGUGCCUCCCGUACUACACACAGUCACAAAACUGCUGGCUAAAUUCUCAGUGCGCGAUUUGAUCUUCUGGCGGGAUGUGAAGAAGACAGGCCUAGUCUUCAGCACCACAUUGAUUUUGCUGCUCUCCCUGGCUGCUUUCAGCGUUAUCAGUGUUGUAUCAUACCUCAUCCUGGCACUGCUCUCGGUCACCAUCAGUUUCCGAGUCUACAAGUCCGUCAUCCAGGCCGUACAGAAAUCUGAAGACGGACACCCAUUCAAAGCCUACUUGGAUCUGGAUGUCGCACUGUCUUCCGAAGCUUUCCACAGCUAUGUCAGCUCUGCUAUGGUGCAUGUCAACCGUGCCCUGAAACUCAUCAUGCGCCUUUUCCUGGUGGAAGAUUUGGUGGAUUCGCUCAAGCUGGCAGUUGUCAUGUGGCUGAUGACUUACGUUGGGGCCAUCUUCAAUGGAAUCACCCUUCUCAUCUUGGGGGAGUUACUGGUUUUCAGCGUCCCAGUUGUGUAUGAGAAGUACAAGACUCAAAUUGACCAUUAUGUUGGCAUCGCCCGGGAUCAAAUCAAGUCCAUUGUUACAAAAGUCCAAGCAAAGCUUCCUGGAGUUGUGAAGAAAAAGCCUGAAUAAUCUUGCCAGGGACCUAGGACCCAGAUGUCAACUAAAUCAACAUGGAAACAAAAAAUACCCUUGUGUCAUAGUUAUAACCAUUGUUACUUGUACCUAUGAAGGAAAAUGCCAAGUCAGCUUGAUGUCUGCAUUCCAAGCUUACUGAUUUGUUUUUGUUUAAUUCUACCUCCCUCCCCACCCCAAACCUAAACACUGGGCUCAGGAUGCACUGGACUAAAUAGGAACUGGUGUCAGGAAUUAACUGGUUGGGAGAGUUGGGGGCACCCUUUUGGUCCUCAAAGCAGUCUAGGUGUCCUCUUCUUGAACGAAAUACAUAGCGAGCCAUCAGAAGCUGGACACUUCUUUCUGGUUAGCAGUGUGCUCUCCGUUCAACAGGACUUGUGGGUUUCCAAACCAGCCUCACUGGCUUGGCAUAGCUGCAGGGUGAAGGUAGCCACUCUCUCCCAGGGCUUGGAAAUAAUUUGCUGAAACAAAUUGGUUUCCUCUUAAUCUAUUAAAACAUUCCAGAGUAGCAUUAAAACACAUUAUCUACAUUGUUAAACCAACAAUGACAUUAAGCGACUGUUAACACUCCACGUCCUUUUAGUAUGUAAUUUGAGAGGGGACCAUUUGGAGCCGCUUUUAGUCUUUUUAAAUGAUAUUUUCCCCCAUUUGAAAAUGAACUGUUUUUAUUCACCCUUAAUGCAAGGAAUAGUUCCCCUCGGCGUUUUAAGAUGAAUUUAAUUUGCCUUAACAAUUCAGUGUUAAUGUGCUAUAUUGCUAACAUUUCCAAGCUCUGCUCUUCCCCCUUUCUUCCUGCGUAUCAUGUUAAAAUGGCAGGAUUUUCCGCCGUUCUGGUGUUCUUGUUCCGUCAAGUCAGGCUCCUCAUGUCUUUCCUUCAACAACUAAAUAGCCUCUGUCGAGACGGCAAGGUUGAGAAUGCCUUGAGAUGCAUUGGGCCAGCAUCCCCUAAAAUGUUGGUGGAAAUUGAGGUUCUCUACCCGAUCUUCCUUAAUGGCAUCAGUUCUGCUCCUCAGUCUGGUUUAUCCUUGGCCUCCCUCCCUGGUUGCAAACCCACAUAAAGUAGUUCCUCCACUUCUUACCCUUUAAUAAGAUUGUACUUUUUUUCUUACUUGGAAAUGAAAAUGUCUGUAACUGCUGUACACAUUGCUGUAAAAACAAAAACCCAAGCUGUUGAAGAAACAAAAACCCCACGAGUUCUGCAUGCAACUGACUCCCCACUUACUACAAUUGAAGUCCUCAGAGGUGACGGUGGUGGUAGGUGCAGAGCGCCCACAGACACACACACAAACACUGGAACCCGGUCUUUGCCCUCCCAUAGCCUCGCCCUUUUUUGUUGCCUGCCAGAGAACUGCCAUCUCCCAGGAGGACAGCUGCAGUUGCGGGACAACGUUUUUUUGGGGGGGGACCCUUCUGACUUUGUAGUGCAUGUUGGAUUUGUUUUUAGAUGCUUGGGCAGUAAAGGAUUGUAUCAAGAGUUUUCGAAAAAGCUAACUUUUCUUGUCCUUCAAGAAAUUUUAUUUUCAACCAUGAUUCCAGGAUGGUUCACCCCUUGCAACUACUAACGCCAUCCCAGUCUGGUUGUGCCAAGUAAAAUUGUACUGAAGCACCCGUUGCAAAAUUUCACAAAAGAGCUGGGAGACGGAGGGUUUGACCGGGAAGAGUCCAUUUUUUCUCUUGAGGCCCGGCAAGGGAAGCUUAGUGAGAUCGGCAGCUAAAUUAGCAGGGACCACUUUCUUUCCCUUUAGGUUGAUGGAUCUACGGGAUGGAAGACAUAGUCAAGGAAAAGGUACUGAUAGAUGAGGUCUUGCACAUGCAAAAUGGCCAUGUGGCACCUUUCAGACUUGCUGUUUCUCCAAACAAAGAAAUGGCUGUCUAGCUGUUGUAUAGCAGGUCUGUUAGAGAUGAGGAAGAGUAUACAAGUCAUUCCAAUAGGGUGGCAAUGGUCUGCUUUGGAUUUAGAUGCUUAGUGUACCUGGGUGUCUUUUAAGGAAUGAUAGAAGAGGAGAGGAACAGGAAUGUCGGUUGUGUUUUUGAUUUGAUUUUGCACCACCCUCCAGCUUCGGAGAGGCAACAUGCCCCAUCUUGUCCCGGUUCUUCUCUUUUCACCCUCACCCUUCGAGUACCUUUUCUCUGCACUCGGAAGCCUUUGGCUCGGCUCUUACAUCUGUUACGUUAACUGCUGUGUUUGAAUACCGUGAAGCGACCUCUUUGUGCCCGGCAGGCUUUUAAAAAGAAAAAGGAGAAAUUUGAAAUUAAAAGGAGAGAAAAUUGCGUAGACGAGAGGGAACAAAAAAGGAAGACUACUAACGGAGCUUGUGCGUUCAUGUGCGUUUCUGUGUACUGUGCGUGCGGCAUUAAAUUAUGGUAGUGCCAAGGGAACUGAAGUGUACAUGGCUAAGAUUUAAAAGGAAUACAAUAAAUGCAAUUUGAUGUAGUAUUGUUAAUAAAAGAGCACAAAGUCCAAACUCGAA